AUGUUGAGAAAUCAAGCCGCAAGAUUGAUCUGUAACUCUCGUGUUAUCACCGCCAAGAGAACUUUUGCCUUAGCUGCUCGUGCUACCGCUUACAAGCCAGCUGCUAGACAAUUUGUCAAGCCAUUGAUCUCCACUCGUGGUUUGAAACAAAUCAACUUCGGUGGUACCACUGAAACCGUUUAUGAAAGAGCUGACUGGCCAAAGGAGAAGCUUUUGAACUACUUCAAGAACGACACAUUUGCUUUGAUUGGUUAUGGUUCUCAAGGUUACGGUCAAGGUUUGAACUUGAGAGACAAUGGUUUGAAUGUCAUCAUCGGUGUUCGUAAGAAUGGUGCUUCCUGGAAAGCUGCCAUCGAAGACGGUUGGGUCCCAGGUGAGAAUCUUUUCGAAGUCGAAGAAGCUAUCAAGAAAGGUAACUACGUCAUGAAUUUGCUUUCUGAUGCUGCUCAAUCUGAAACAUGGGAUGCUUUGAAGCCUUUGAUCACCAAGGGUAAAACUUUGUACUUCUCUCACGGUUUCUCCCCAGUUUUCAAGGAUUUGACCCACGUCGUACCACCAUCAGAUGUUGAUGUCAUCUUGGUGGCUCCAAAGGGUUCCGGUAGAACUGUCAGAUCUCUAUUCAAGGAAGGUCGUGGUAUCAACUCUUCUUACGCUGUCUGGAAUGACGUCACUGGUAAGGCCGAUGAGAAGGCUCAAGCUUUGGCCGUUGCUAUUGGUUCCGGUUACGUUUACCAAACCACUUUCGAGAAAGAAGUCAACUCUGACUUGUACGGUGAAAGAGGUUGUUUAAUGGGUGGUAUCCACGGUAUGUUCUUGGCUCAAUACGAAGUCUUGAGAGAAAAUGGUCACUCUCCAUCUGAAGCUUUCAACGAGACCGUUGAAGAAGCUACCCAAUCAUUGUACCCAUUGAUUGGUAAAUACGGUAUGGAUUACAUGUACGAUGCUUGUUCUACUACCGCCAGAAGAGGUGCUUUGGACUGGUACCCAAUUUUCAAGAAUGCAUUGAAACCAGUUUUCAACGACUUGUACGAAUCUGUUAAGAACGGUAGUGAAACUAAGAGAUCUUUGGAAUUCAACUCACAAAAGGAUUACAGAGAAAAAUUGGAAUCUGAAUUACAAACUAUCAGAAACAUGGAAAUCUGGAAAGUGGGUAAGGAAGUUAGAAAAUUGAGACCAGAAAACCAAUAA